UAGGGGAAGUCCUUGUGGAGUUGCUCAUCAAAGCUGUGACCAAUACUGGGAGUAGAGAACACUUUGUUGCUAGUCACCAAUUAAACCUCAAAAGUGAUAAUCCAAUUAGAGGAGAAAGAUCGAAUUUAUUAGUCCCCAUGAGGUGGAGAGUAGCUUUUUUUCAUCACUUUUUUUGUGGAAAAAAUGAAAAGCAUCUAUUCUAAUCUCUCUCUCUCUCUCUCUCUCUCUCUCUCUCUCUCUACUCCCUAAUGCUUUUUAAUCCACCUACAAUGAUAGUGCAUCAAUGUUCUCGGAACCUCAUCUCUUUCUCCUCCACGAGAAGAAAAGGAGAGGCAAGUAGAAGCUGAAAAAAGCAGAGGAGAUGAUUUUCUUUUUCUUUUUAAAAGCAAAACCAACCAUUUAUCCUUCUAAAAAGUAGAAUUAUGGGUCUUUUAAUAUACUAUAAAACGUUUGUUUGUGAUCAGUUACUGAUGCGUUCAUACAAGUAAAUUUUAAAAGUUUCACAUUACUGUAUAUAUGGGUAUAUUUAACUAUUUAUAGGAAUCCCAAAAGCAUUUUCCAUUCCUAAUUAACUACUUUUUCUUUGGUUCCUCGAACAACAACUGGUUGAUGAUACGUUUCCCCACCCUCAUUCACCAUCUUCUUCCUCUGCUUGUUCAUCCAUGGCUUCUUCUUCUUCCUCAACUCACCAAAAAGGGGUCUCCUACGAGCCAACCAAGGAUUGCUCCAUGGGCCUCUGCAGCGUCUACUGCCCCCAGUGGUGCUACCUCCUCCUUCCCCCUCCUCCUCCUCCUCCCUAUCCACCUCGACCACACCUCGACCUUCUCCUCCCCAGCGACCCUUCCUCGUCCUCCUCCUUUUCUCCCCUCGUCAUCGCCAUUAUCGGCGUCCUCGCGAGCUCCGUCCUCCUCCUCGCCUACUACGCCCUCGUCUCCGACCGCUGCGGCGCCGCGGCCCUCCUCCGCCGCCUCCUCCUCCCUCCUCCGCCCCCGCCGCCGCCGCGCUCCUCCGCCCCCGCCGACUCCGAGGCACGGCGCGCGUCGGCGGCGACGCCCUCGAGAGGGAUCGACGAAGCCCUGAUCGGCAGGAUCAGGGUGUGCAGCUACAAGAAGGCCGGGGAGGGGUCGGAGCAAUGCUCGGUGUGCCUCAGCGAGUUCCAGGAGGAGGAGCGCCUCCGCCUCCUCCCCGCCUGCGGCCACGCGUUCCACGUGCAGUGCAUCGACGCGUGGCUCAAAUCCCACUCCAACUGCCCCCUCUGCCGAGCCACCAUCCUCGUCCCCGAGGACGAGCGCAGCGGAGAAGACAAAGAAGAAGAAGAAGAUCAAGAAGAAGAAGAAGGCGGAGAGGAGGUCGUGGCGGUGGUUGAGGGGGCGGAGGAGCUCGAGUUCGUCGGCGAAGAAGAAGAAGAAGAAGAAGAGGCCACGUCGGCGGGAAAUAGUAAUGGCGAGGGAUCUCAUCAUCUUAAGCUCGAUGGUGCGAGAUCGACGGCGCGGCCGGAGACGCAGCAUCGCGGGGCGGUGUCGAUCGCCGACGUGCUGAGGAUGAGCAUGGACGAUGACAUCUCAGCUGCCAAUCACAGUGGCUUGUUGGCUACCGGAAUCAGCUCGUCCGGAGGGCGUGUGGGCCGGGGAGAACACUAAUUAAUGAGUACGUAGCAGCAGGAAUUUAACUUCUUCUUCUUUUUUUUUUUCUUUUUUUUUUUAACUAGUAAGAGUGUUUUAAGUAUGAGCAAAAUUCAGUUACAAUGUAGGUAUCUGUUACUGUAUUUUUUUUUUUCUUUUUUUUAAGAUGUAAACUUUUAAAAUCUCAGCAUCUAUAUUCAUGAGGUAUUGAUUUGGAGGGAGAACAAAAAAAGAAAAAAAAAAGGAAAAAAAGAAAAGCUCGUACUGAUUGCUAUGUCUGCUAUCUGUGAUUGCACCACUGCCAGAGUGCCAGGUGCGGGACCACGAGUUAAUCAAAUGGGCCAACCAGCUCUAUGGGGCCGUUUGUGGGCCCCAAUUCACUUGGGCCGAUGUUCAUGUAUCUUUUACUAUCAAAUUUUUAGUCUUCUGAUUAAUUUCUUU